CGGAUAUAGUGAGUGCGGGGUCCGGGGAGACCGGAUAUAGUGAGUGCGGGGUCCGGGGAGACCGGAUAUAGUGAAACCGGAUAUAGUGAAUGCAGGGUCCCGGGCAGACCGGAUAUAGUGAAUGCAGGGUCCGGGCAGACCGGAUAUAGUGAAUGCAGGGUCCGGGCAGACCGGAUAUAGUGAAUGCAGGGUCCGGGCAGACCGGAUAUAGUGAAUGCAGGGUCCGGGGCAGAGACCGGAUAGUGAAUGCAGGGUCCGGGCAGACCGGAUAUAGUGAAUGCAGGGUCCGGGGCAGACCGGAUAUAGUGAAUGCAGGGUCCGGGGCAGACCGGAUAUAGUGAAUGCAGGGUCCGGGCAGACCGGAUAUAGUGAAUGCAGGGUCCGGGGAGACCGGAUAUAGUGAAUGCAGGGUCCGGGGGAGACCGGAUAUAGUGAAUGCAGGCUCCUGGG